GUAUUGAAGAGUUUUUCGCGGAUAGUGAAGGCCAUUUCUUCAGCACUUCCCACUUUGAUUCCUCUGUCAGGUCUCUCUUUUAUUGAAGUGCGACAAUUCUUAUUUAAAUUCUUAUAAAACGUUAUUUAACAACAUGGCGAAGCGUGUCGCUGUAGUUCUGGCAGGCUGUGGCGUUUUCGACGGCACUGAAAUCCACGAAGCAUCUGCAGUGCUGGUGCAUUUGAGCCGAAAUGGAGCAAGUGUUAAAAUAUUUGCACCCAGCAUUGCUCAGAUGCAUGUGGUGGAUCACGUGAAAGGUGCCCCUACUGAGGAGACACGCAAUGUGCUUGUGGAAAGUGCUAGACUUGCACGAGGUGAUAUUCAAGAUCUGUCUGAACUCAGCGUAAAGGAUUUUGAUGCCAUUAUUUUCCCAGGAGGCUUUGGAGUUGCAAAGAACCUGUGCAGCUGGGCAGUUCAAGGCAAAGACUGCAGUGUGAAUGAGCAGGUUAAAGCAGUAUUACAAGCCUUCCAUGCUGAGAAAAAACCCAUUGGCUUGUGCUGCAUCUCUCCAGUCCUGGCGGCUAAGGUCUUCCCUGGCUGUGAAGUCACUGUUGGCAAUGACAAAGAUGAAAGAUCUCCUGAUGUACCAGAGACUGCAGAAGCCAUCACCCAGCUGGGCUGUAAACACAUCUGCAAAAAUGUCAGUGAAGCUCAUGUGGAUGUAAAAAAUAAGCUAGUCACCACAGGUGCCUUUAUGUGCAAGGCACCUCUCCAUGAGAUCUUUGAUGGAAUUGGUGUGAUGACUCAGGAUGUUCUCAAACUUGCUUGAAUGCACACUGGCACCACAAAAAGCAUAUCAAAUGAAGAGCUUUGCUAUCCUACGGUGAUGCGCAUUAUAACUGCUAAGUAGAAUUUCCUAAAUAAAUUGCACUAGUGUGUAAAAUAAAAUGCA